GUCUUCUGUGACCACUAGAUGGCGCCAAAGGUAAAGCAAAAUUAAAGUGAAGACUCUGAAGACAACAGACAAGGCGAUAUAUGAUUUCAGUGGUCUCUGCUCAUCCGGCAGAAAUAGUGUAGAAAAAGUUUCACCCUCCAGUCGUUUGUGAGUGCUUUGUAUCUAUAAAUAAAACCAGUUUAUCCAGCUUCUUUCCUCUGGUGGUGUGAGCUUAAUCCCCUCCAGCCACCGGAAGCGCUAGAAAAAGCCGAGGUUGCAAAGUGCGUCACAACGCGGAGCUGCUGCUGAGAGUGAACAGGACCUGCUGUCCAGCACCCUCUGUCUUCCCUUUUUUCAUUUGCACAAGAAACCUGAGCUGAGGUUUCCCCGUCUCCAGCAUGGUGAAGAUCGCUUUUAACUCGGCUCUGGCGCAGAAGGCGCUGGGCAAAGAGGUCCCAGCCGCGGAGAAGGUGAGCCAACGGGCUUCAAUGCGGUGUCUGAGCCCGGGGUCCGUUUUUAGUCUGGCGGUAGGCCUGAAUCGGCCCCAAGCGGGCGGCUGAGCGAGACAUUAAUCUGUUUACUCAAUGUGGUCGUCAUGCAUUCGCUUCUUUUGUCGUUUUCUUACACUAAAGAUGUGCAGGGAUUUUUGGCCAAAUGCAUGCAAAACAAUUCAGCACCUGAUCCAGCACAGCGGGACCGCCCAUCUCCUGAACAGCUGUUCUGCAGAGGCCAAAGCCUCAACGGGAUUAUAGUUUGCUCUGGCAAAUCUUCGUGUUUUAAUGUUGAUAUCUUUCGUAUGACACAAUCUGACUCCCUGUUUGAUUUUCUCUCAUAUUGUGUCCAUGUGCAUGUGUGGGUGGGUGUGUGUGUCUCUGUAGGACCCUGAGCUGGCCUCUGCUCCAGCGGGCAACGAGGGCUCCACAGGUCGCUGUCUGCUCACGCUGCUGGGCAUCGCCUUCAUCCUCAGUGGGCUCAUUGUGGGGGGAGCGUGCCUCUAUCGAUAUUUCACACCUAAGGUAAAUCUGUGUGUGUCUAUGUCUGAUGGAGCUUUCUAGAUUUUUCUCACAGGACUCAGACACACAUUGACACACAUAUUGACUCACUCAGGGUUUAUCCAGCCUGGCCCUGCUUGAAGUAGUUUUGUAGGCUUACUUUAAAUAACAUUUCACAGAGACAAGUACUAGUGUGAUGUGUCCAGAUUGUGCAUUAGCAUAUUUUUCACAAGUCAGAAAAUGCUUUUAUUGCAUCUAAGUGUGUAUUUUUUACAGUUUAAUAACUUACAUAUAUGUAUAUUAUGGCAUGUAUGUGUGUCUAUGUGUAGGUAUGUAUAUAUGUAUCUAUGUGUAUGCGUGUGUAUGUGUGUAUGUAUGUAUGUAUGUAUGUAUAUGUAAGUCUCUGGAUGUUUGUGCAUACUGCUUGGUUUGUCUGCUUUCUUGUUGUUUUAUGCAUGUCUGCACCUGCUAUAAAGUUAGUUUUUAUUUAGUGGUUUAUGAAUUAUGUGCUGUAUUUCUCACUGUCUAACCAGAGACAAGGACUGCAAAUUAGCCACGACUAGAAGUCCUGCAUACACAGAAUUGCUUGCUCUUUAAUUAGAUGUACUGUCCCUGUCAUAUAAACAAAUUGAAAAAAAAAUAUGACUGUGCACUUCCAUUUGGGCGAAUUAACAAACAGGAUGAUUAGAGGUCUGUUUUAUUAAAAAUGCUGAGAUGGUCUUCUCCCAGGGAGUCUUAAAUUAGCUCCUUAAACAUGAUUAUUAUCACUGUUGACAUUGAACACCAAGUCUAUCUCAGAUGUUAUCCUUAAAUUGCAGUCACUUAAGCUGGAGAUGUGCACAGGGAGCCAUGAGGGAGUAUCAGCUCUUUGGUUAUUAUGAGAAGAUUUAAUAAAGCUGCUUUAGACCGCUGAAGAGACACUGGUGGUGGACUGUGGGGAAACCAGAAUGCUGACUCUUACUCACUUCCUUCUUCAGGAAAAGUGCAGACUUCACAUUGUGAUAUUGUUGCUGUGUCACUGGAGGGUCUCAACAGUACUACAGAUAUGAAAAAAAAGACGAAAAUCAUUGCAGACUGAAUUUAUUCAUGCCCUCUGGUGGACAGUUGCCAUUUGGUAACUCUUAAAAACUGCUUGGUAAAACAUUUCCACUAAACUCUGCUUUUAUAAGAACUGCACGUCUCUCUUACUUAACCCUUCAUGUGCUCCUCCUCCUCCACCUCCUCCUGGCAGACCUGUUUCUGAAAUACCGCUGAUGUUCUCUCCUCUGUAAUUCUGUCAAACCGAAAUGCCGAAAAAUCAGGGGGUGUAUUGUCUUCAUCUGACAGCUAAGACUGGGCAUCAACGAAGUGUUUCUUCUUGGUUUGGCAGUGUGGAAUAAGUGGUUAAUUUUGUUCCUGUGUUGCUUGUGUUCUCCAGAGGCUGUAUCACGGUGCCAUGCAGUUCAAUGACAUAUCAGCCGGAGCUGGAGGAGAGAGCCAGCCAUACUACCUGCCCCGUGUGGAGGAGGAGGUGGAAAUCUCCGACAGCAUGGCUGUUAUCAGCGUCCCACCUCCCCGCUUCAGACCCGGAGACCCUGCUUACAUCCUCCAUGACUUCAACAGGGUAACACCCACACUGAAAACCUUGAACCCAGUCCUGUGAGGGUGCUGAUCCCCUGCUGCUGCGGUUUAAAUUCAGUCCUGACUACUUUGUGUGUUUGUGUGAGCAGAAGCUGACGGCAUACCUGGACCUGACUCUGAGGACCUGCUUUGUGAUCCCUCUGAACACCUCGGUGGUGCUCCCCCCUCAGGAUCUCAUCGGCCUCUUCUCACAGCUGAUGGUGAGCCUUGACAAGCAUGUAUCAUCAGAUCUCAGUAUGCAGCUGCCAUUUGAAGAGAGUUAGAUGGGAUGAUAGAAGAAAAAGUGAUCACACAGCAGCAGCAGCAGCGUACUGGUCAGGCUCGUGCAAAAGUGCUGAUAUUGAAGACCGAGUAUUACCUGAGCAGAAUCAGGGAUUAUGAUAACUCCAGUCAUUGUCUGAGCUGUAAUCCUGUACAAAUCUGCUGCAUCUAAAUCAAAGUUCCAGCAAAUAUCACCUUCUCAAAUCCCAUUUAUAUAGAGGCUUUUCAUUAUCAGAGUGAGUAAAAUCCUCCAAAGCCGUUGCUUAUCUUUGAUUCAUUUUUAACUUCUUUAGAUAAGACAUUUUUAGGAUGUAAGUAAAACACUAAACUUUGUGAACUUUAUCUCUGAGUUUGAAUUAAAAAGUUUCAGUUUCACGUUGCUCUGUGAGGCAAAUAGACCCAGCUGUGUUGAUAUAAAUGUAUUUGUUCUUUUAACUUUGUCUUGGGAAUAGUGUGAGAUGAAAAAUGAAGGAGUGAGUUUUCUCUCCCCCCCGAAACCACAUGUCUCAAAAUAAUCUAAUUAUGAAUAUUCAAAGCUGUUCCUAGUUAUGAGACAGUUGGAGUAAAUCUGUGUAGUUUUUUUUUUUACCAGUCCGCUCAGUUGUGUUUUUGUGUGAAUGUAGGUUGUUUUAUUCACAUUUCAUGGGAUAUUUCAAGAGGAUUUGGGUCAACUUGGCAAAGUUUUUCACUAACUGUAGUUCAGCAGGCUUUGAAACAGUUUGCUUAGUUUUCCCGCCCGACAUGUUGUCUCGCAUGUGGUGUUUGGUUGGCGGUUAUGCAUUCAGCAGAUUUCAUCAUCAGUUUCACAAAAAGCAGAAGUUGGGCAUGAUUCACUAAUUGGGACCAAAAUCUUCCAACGGGUUGUUUUUCACACUUUGCUGCAGUCGUGUUCACUGAGCUGUUUUAAAGGAAGUAUUAGUGAUUAAAGAUGUUUAAGAUUUAUUGCUGACCUUUUGUUUUUGUCUCAGUCUGGCUCUUACCGCAGCUACUUGGUGCACGAGGACCUGGUGGUGACCGAGCGUAUCGAUGAUAUCAAGCCGCUGGGAUUCUACAUCCGCCGGCUGUGUGAUGGGAAAGAGACAUACAGGAUGCAACGCCGUUCCAGCCUGCCAGGUCUGGAUUUACUCACCAGAUAAACUAAAAACCAUCAUAAAUUCAGUUUAAACAAAACUACAUUGAUUUAAUUAGGUUAAAAUUCUGGGAUACAACACCAUUAUCUAAAGAAGGCUGUUUACAUUGAUGGCUCCGUGAUUUUUUUUGUGUCGAGACUGAAGUUUAGAGCCUGUAGUUUUGACAAAGAGGAGUUAGUUAUCCAGCAGGAGGGGAUUUUUUCUUUGGAUAACUUGCUAAUUAGAUUGUGUUUUGUACUCGUGGCUGAUUCUGAAGCAGUAUCAGCCAAAAUGCAUCAAUUUUCUCUUGGAGUACUGCUUUGAACAGAGAAAAUCUACAACCAGAGAUUUUCUCUGUAGAAAAGAAAAGAGCAAAAUGAUUCUGAAGGGGGUUUGAAUUCAGUGCCAGCAUGUGAAUGCCUCACUACUCUUUUCAUGUAAAUUCAUGUUAUUCUCACAUAUAACAUGACACCAGGACUGACACCUUUCUUAAGCUGAUGAUAAUACAGUAAUAAUUAGUAUAAUCUGUUAAUAUCCUGUGGACUGACACUAUCACAUUGCUAAAUAAUCUGUUAUGCAUCGAUGUCAGGGACUAAUAUUUAUCUAUACCCUGAAAUAUCCUGUCUUCUAUCUGUCACUAUUACAGCUAUUACACCUUCCUGCCAUUUCAGAAGAAAUCCCCCUGCUGGACAAACUGAUUUAUUUUAAUAAUCAACCAUGAAAGAAAAUGUGUGCUGUGAGGGAAUGUCACACAGUCUCUGAGAAAGAUCAGCAACACACAAAAGAUUUUAAGAAGGAUUUUAAAGUAUGGACUAGCAGCUAUUUUGUUAAAAAUAAAUCUCAAACUCAUUGACUAAAGAUUAAAACAAAUACGAAGAAGUAAAGCAGAAAAUAUCUGCUAAUGGCAUUGUUGCUAAAGUUAGUCAUUAAAAAAAAUCAGUGACCUCAUCUCUGUGUCCUGUAAAAGCUGUCUGAAACUCAGAAAAGACGUAAUAUAAAGAAGAUCUAAACUACGUUUUUUUGCUUCCACGAAAAAUGUGCUUUAGCGAGAGCCACAUCUUAACAACAGUGUCUGAUAGUGCUUUGUGGGAAAUGUGGUCUCCAGCCCAUAAAAACACACUAAUUUCAACCCCAGAAUCAACACAACUUGAAAGUUACUGUCAGUGCCUUUAUUGAUUUUAUUCACUGAUGUUUAUCUUUGCUUGUGUUUGUCAGGCGGAGGCAUCCAGAAGCGCUCGGCCGAGGAGUGUUUCACCAUCCACCACUUUGAGAACAAGUUUGUGACUGAGACCAGGAUCUGCAAAGCUUGAUUGGAAAGCACGGGUAUAGGUCAGAAAGUGAAUGAGAGUGUGCGAGAGAGCGACCAGAGUGACAGAGUCGGUAUGUGAGUAGGAGGUUGUGAGUGAAGAAGGGAACAACUUUUUAGCAGAAAGUUACUUUUGUAUAGAACUUUUAGCUCCAGUUUUUGCUCCCCUGCUUUAAUCCCAGUGAGAAGUGAACUUAAGUUACAGUGUUAGCUUAGCCCCCUUUCUUCUGCUGAACCGCCUUGAACCUGUAUAGGCCAUAGCUCUCUCUCGCUCAAGUAUUGACUAGUUAGAUAACUGGUGUCCGCCUGCUUUCUAAAGAGGUACUCUGAGUUUUAUUUGUUGUUUGUUUUUGUUCUGUUUCCGUAGCUUCCUGCUGACUUAGCUUAUCAUUGUUACUGUACUACAUCAUGCGGUCACCUCCGGAUAAAAGUUGUAUUCCUCCUACUGAAUACCAUAGAGAUACUGACGAGUCAUUCAUACCAGACUAUGUGUCAGCCUGCUGUUCUGAUCUUCUGUAUAUUGAACUGUGAUAUAGCACAAGUCACCCUGGAAAUGUGUGAUUCAGUAUAGUUACAGUACAUGUGCAACAUGGUAGUGUUAUCAAUGGAUGGUACCAGAGCUGCUCAAGCACAGAGCUUACACUCACCAUUUUUGUAGAUACUGUAUUUCCCAGAGUGCUCUGCUGCUUCCUACAGAGGCCGUCUGCGCUCCUUAUGUGAUGAUUUUAUUUCAUUAAUGAUGUCAUACCUAAAGGUGAACAGUCCAGCACCCUAUAUGACCAGUGUUUUUGUUUGUGUAGAAACUUUAUAUGUGACAAUAAACUUGAAGAAGGAUAGUUGACUACAUAAAGACCUGGAUAAGCUAAAGGGAAAUUUCACCAAAUUUAACUUGGAAAAAAAAUUCUCAGAUUUUUAUUUUUUUUUAAUGAAUUUGUAAACCAGCAAAAUGAGAUGAUCUGUAAUGAAUAUUUGACUGUACGAGGCAUCAAGUGUUGCAGCUAAACACUUUGUGUUUAGAGUUUUCCACAGGAAUUCCUGGGUGAGUCUGCUCCUCUCAUCUAAAAGAAGAAAAUCUUGAAAUUCUGAAAAAUGGCUCUUUCGCCAGAUUGCUCAAAUAAUUUCCGGUGGUUUUCCACUCGAUACUUGCAAAGACAGACAAUCAGACAGGUUGUGUGCUCAUAAAAAUGUGUUACUGUCCCAGCUUUUUAACAAUACUAAAAACCCAAUGUUGUGUCCAGCUACUGAAAUAAACUACACAUUGUUGUUGAAUAAAGUUACAUUUCUUUACCUUAAGUUUGAAUACUUUGGCUCUGUGUUAUUUUAUUGCUGUUGAAAGAUGCACAAUGGAAAGCCCCACCAAGCCUUUUUACUAUCCUCUAAGCUGUAAACUGAUCUCUAACUGGCCCUGGGAGAAAAUUGUAGCAGGUUGUGUGGUUUGUGUGGCUUAUUAGAGAUGUUGGCACUAAUGGAGAGUUUAUUCUUCACAACAGGAACAGCUCACUCCUCGACAGGGUCAUACAAAUAUAGAAAGAACGGGCACACCCUUUAUUAACAUAUUUCUAGAAAAAGAAAGACAUUUUGAAUACACACCCAUACUUACACGUGAUUUACAUCUCCAUUACAUUUUCUUAUUUUUAAUUUACUCCUCUGGGUUUAGUGGUUAAGAAGAAACUGAGUUUUUCACAUGAAAGUUUCACAACACUGACUGUUUAGCCUAUUUCACAUGAAAGUUUCACAACACUGACUGUUCAGCCUAUUUCUCGUGCUCCUCUUCUCCAGUUAUACAGGACAGGCGCCUGUUAAAGGCCAUGCUCUCGGGUAUUUCUGGCUUGCUCAGCCGCCUCCAGAAUUCAUCAGUGGUAAAAUAGUACAUAAGAGGGUCCAGGCUACAGUUCAGGCUUGCCAGGCAGAGAGCGACAGGGUGACAUCGCAGAAUUAAGUUCCUGAGGGUGCAGCUGCUCAGAGUUUUGGCUUUAGCCAGGAAGUCCAAGGGCAUGGUGACAUGGUAAGGAGCGAAGCACAAUAAGAAGACCGCCGCACAGCUCAACACCAUCCUCAAUGCCCUCCGCUUCUCGCCUCGGUCAGGAAUGGCCCCGGCCGGUGACUGCCUCAGGCUCCCUGCUGUCAGACAGGUGCAGGCUAACACCAGGAUGAGGGGGAUGACGAAGCCCAACAGCUCGGCGAGGAUCAGGAGGGCCCAGGCUGCUGGAAUACUCACAGGCCUCAUGGGUAGCUCUGAGAAACACACAGGUCCAGGGAGGUUGGAAGAGGCCCCUGAGACGUCACUUGAACUAUUGUGUAACACAGCGCUGGGGUUCCUCAGCAGAGGGAAGGGCAGACAUCCCAGGCAGACUAACAACCAGCCGAAAGCACAUAUUAACCAGUCUCGUUUCCUCCUGGAUGAGUUGUACCUGAGCGGCUGCAUGAUGAGCUCACAGCGACGCACACUGACACACACCAGGAAGUAGAUGGAGGCGUACAUGUUGACAUACUUUAGAUAGAAGCAGAACAUACAGAGAGGAUGACCAAAGGGCCAGGUGUUCUUCAGGUAGUAGUAGAUCCUUAGAGGCAGAGACAGCACCUGAGGACAGAAACACACAGAGGCUUACAACAGAAAACUGAUUUUGAAUGAUACCAGAUUUUACAAUAUUGUUGUAUCACUGAUGCUGAUUUAUGUUAAUAUUUUUCUUGAGCACAGUCACUGCCCUGUAACGUGAUAAAGAUCAAGUACAUAAAGCAUUACAGUGAUUGCAGAUCAUACAGUCACUGGAUGUAGGGCUGCAGUGAUUGAUAAAUUUUGUUUUGGAAUAUUUUGUCUUAUAUUAUUAUUCUGAUGAUUAAUCAGGUAAUAAGUUAAAAAUAAAUAUAACUUGCUCUAAUUUUUUUUCCUUUAGUGCUGUAACAUGUAAAUUUCCCUGUCUUUGUUAGCAUAAAGGAAUAUCUUUUAACAAAGACGGAAUAACAUUAACAUGAAACUUGCUAAUGCACGUCUAUUUAUUAUAUUUUAUUUAACAAAAAUGAUAUACAGGAACAUUACAGCACUGCAACACCGUCACAUUAAGACGGUAAAAAAAUGACCCCUUGACCGGAGGGUUGAGGAUUAACUACCAGUCAGGGUGUGACAGGAAUCUUUAUCCUUUUCUCAGUUUAGCAGGCUGCACUUCCUCAUAGUGCAUGAUGGUGUUAAUAAUUAAAGUAAAGGACUCAAUUUAAAAAUUAAGUUUAGUUUAAUUUGUUAGUUUAGUGUUUUAUUGCUGGUAAAUGUAGUUAGGCAUGUAAGGCUGUUCCUUUAAGGCUUAUGCCGGUUGGUUUUGUAUGAAUCUAAACAAAGGCUGAAGGAAAACUCAGUUUAUUGAAGGAGCUGUUAAAGCCCCAACUCAACAUAAUGCAUUAAGACUAAAAACAACAAAUUGCUGCCCUGGUUAUAUGUUUUAAAAAAAAGUCCCUUAAGUGCAACAAUAGUGUAGUGCCGCUAGAUUCAUGGGUUUUUGUGGCGUCAGUAAUGUUCACCAGUUGAAACCUUAUUUUGGUGAGGUCCCAAAUGUACUCAUUUAAAUGUAGCCAAACUUACACAACUACUCAGACACUUUGGUGCUUUCCCACCCACUCCCUUCCGCAACUUGCACAGCAUCUGAAAAGC